AUGUUCGGAUUCGGCGACGCCCAGGACAACUACAACCAGCUCAACUCGGGCAACCACGAGGCAAAGUUCUCCCACGAGCUCCUCGCUGGCGGUGCCUCCUUCAUGGCCUUCAAGGCCUUUGAGGACCACCAGCGCAAGGAGGGCAAGACUGUCAACCACGCUUUCGCCAAGGAGCUCCUUGCUGGCUUUGUUGGCGGCGAGGUCGACAAGCUCAUUGAGACCAAGGGCGCCGACUUCAUCGACCGCGAGGAGGCCAAGCGCCAGGCCAAGAAGAACGCUGAGGAGAUGUACGACUCCCACUACGGCAACCAGGACCAGUACGACCCCAACCAGGCUGCUCCCGGCCACAUUGAGGACAGCUUCGGCAAGUACUAA